AUGAGGAACUGUAGGACUUGGGAAAUAAAUGAUAGAUCAUGCAAAAUAUAUGGAUUAUGCAUAAUUGAUCAUGAUUUAAGGUAA